GCAGCAGCAGCAGCAAGCUCGUCAGGAGGCGUCGCAGGACGCGGCGCGGUGGCGGCGCGUGGCGCGGAUACGGACUGCGCUGCCUCGGCGGUGGAUGUUCGGCGCUGCAGUCUCGCGGCCGCCGCGGCUGCUCCGCUGCCGCCCGCCCGCGGCGGUCGCUGGCGACGAGGCAGCUCGACGGGUAGCGUGCUCGCCGAGCCGUUCGCCUGGCCCAGCAGCCUGCAUGGCCGUCCCCCCUUGGGCACCAGCGGGGGAGCGGGAUCGCCGCGGCCGGCCGCCAUGUCUCGCCUCAGCGUGCGCGCGUUGCGGGUGCUGACGCCCGCGUCGGCGCUGGCCUCGCUCGUGGCGAACGCCAUCGCGCUCUGCUCCAACAGCUGGCUGCACAGCACCGAGCUCAUGCCCAACCCGAGCUACAACGGCUCAGGGGACCGCGAGCAGCUAGCCAAGAACACCGUGUCCGGGCUCUGGAAGAUCUGCUUCAACGAACCGGGCAAAACGGAUAUGCAUUGUGUGAUGAUCGACUACUUUCCAAAGGAGGAAUACAGUCCCGAUCCCAACGACUCAACGAUGGCAAUACCUUACGCGGUGAAGCGUGCCUCGGCCUUCAUCCUGAUCAGCGCCCUGGUGCUGGUGGUGGGGGAGCUGCUGUGCUUCCUGGGCCACCUGUUUCGGCGCGGACGCGUGCUCACCUUCGCAGGAGGCAUCGCCUUCAUACUCUCCGGGCUCAUGAUCCUGGUGGGCAUGGUGAUCUACAUCUCGACCUUCAAGGCCGAGGUCGGCUCCAAGCUGCGGCCCAAGUCUUCCUUCCAGGAACCCCUGUUCACUUACAGCUACGGAUACUCGUUCCUGCUCGCUGUCACGGGCCUCAUGUCGUGCGAGCUGGCGGGCACCUUCUCCAUCUUCCUGUGCAUCCAGCGCUACCAGCAGCAGCUCAGGAAGAAGCUCGACCGGCUCAAGCCUGUCGACCACCUGCCGGGCUGCCGGCGGUACCAGCAGCCCCUGCAGAGACACGCCUCGUCGGCGAGUCAGCGUCUGCUGCCGCACUCGUCUUCCCCGCCUGCUUCGACAGCCGCCGGCCGGAGCACGUCGGCCCGGAGGCACCACUCCUACCACCAGCAGCACACGGGCUCCGAGCCCGGAUCGCUGGCCUUCGAGCCCCCGUCGCCUCCGGGCGGAUCUUCGAGGCUUCACCACCACCACCAGCACCAGCACGGUGGCAGACCGCGCUUGCCGGCGUCGGAGUCUAUGAGGGACCUGUCGUACUACAACUUCCCGCCUUUCUCGAGGGACACCACUUGCAACACCGUCUCCACCACGGCCGACAACCUUACGCGCGAGUACUCGCGCGAGUUCUCCUUCGAGACGCUGCGUCGGACCACACCGGUCUGAGGUUGCCUGCUCUAGGGUGUAGCUCCUGGCGCUCCAUGUAGCUCCUCGGGGAUGCAGCUCCUCGGAGGUGUAGCCCCUCGGUGGUGUAGCUACUCGGAGGUGUAGCUACUCGGAGGUGUAGCUACUCGUCGUCGUCGUUGACGACGACUCAGCAAUCACUAACUCACUCUUCGCUGGCGGAGGCGACGCUAAGAGCGAGCGAUGCUCGACGGCGGAAUAUCCUUCUGCGCUCGCUCCGCGUAUUGCAAAUAAUUAUAGACGUUCGUGUGUAGGGAAAACCCGAUUGUCGUGCGCUAGCAGCGGAGGAGUGAAAAAAGAGUCGAGGCCGAGUACCAGUAAAGGCGAAGCCCGUAGAUGUAAGAGAUUCACGCAGCUCAGACAACAUUGUUGGUUUUGUGGUCAUCGUUAAAUGCUACCUGCAGGAUACCUGUGUUUAUAGGCGUGCGGGGCUGUUCCGCGCUUAGUUAGGGCACUGUAGACGUUUUGAGUGCCUAGACAGGGCAAGAGAGAGACAACACACCUGCGAUCAAGGGUCCUGCUUAGUCACACGUAUAAUUUUUUUUUCCUUUAUUUUGCUUUUCGAUGAAUAUCAGGGAGUGAUGACAUCGCUUACUAGUACCUAUGAAACUCGCAGUGAUCUGUACAACACAGUCAUUGCAAAUUGUAAAUCAGGUACAUUGUCUUCCUGGUGGUGGUCUCUUCCUGUCGUGAGAUAUAGAAAAAUUUACAUGCGCUCAAACACCCGGAAAGCCUUUCUGCAGCUUGCACAACGCUUACGAAGUUGCGUUUUGACGUAUCACGAGUUUGUUCUCGGCCAUGAGUGUUCUAUAUUAUGUUGACACUUCAUGUAAGUUAAAGGAAGUAAUAUUAAUUUUGUGUUAUGACACUUAGUUGUACAACUGACUCAUCAGGAACCGAUGUUUGCCUCGUUUGUUCUUUAUUUUCUUCAAAGAAUAAGUUAAAUCAUUUAGAGCAGCAGAAUCUCGCAGGGACUAUACAAGAAUUCCACGAACACAAUUGCAAGCUCUCUCCAAAACGAAAACCCUGUACAUUCAUACUUCUACAGUCGCAUUACAGAUUUGUGGAAGAAAGACUAACACAUUAUAUUUCGAUGACGGGAAUGAAACAAAAACGUAUUUCUCAUUUCACACUGCACGUAGCAAUCUACCUGAUAACUGCAUCCCGCGUGACCACUUUUGCAAGCACAUUAAAGGGGACAAAAAGUCUGACGCUUCGUUCACGUCGAAGGCGUGAAUGGCGCCCGAGCCUGCGGGGGCAGCAGGAUUUCGGAUCAUGCCAUGACCCUAUAGAGACCACAUUCGCAUUUCCCGAUCUCGGAUCCCAUGUUGUACGUCGUCCCCUCCCUGUUACCCUGCUCCUAAAUAGGAGCAGGGUAAAAAUAGUAAAGGUCUGAGGGCCAUCUUUCUGUCUGUUAGAAGAAAGUGGUCUCAGAGAAAUUUACUAAGCAUAUGGAAAUCCGGGAGUAGGGAAAUCGAGGUUUACUUGAUGUCAUUAUGAAUCUAGUAUACUAAAGUACCUUCAACUCCGAAAGUAACUUAUACUUCGUAACAAAACACUGAGAUGUAUCACUGAGCGACGUAGUGCAGUGCACUAGUGAGAGGUUGCAAGUAGAAGUGACUGAGCAAUCUAAGGGUGACUUUGCACCGACAUUUAACGCUAUGACGGUGAACACUAUUUGGCCGGGAAGGCUGCUGAGCGCAGAAUUCUUCAUUCGUUUUCAAUGAAACCGUUUUUAUUCCGGACAGCUAUUCAUCAGCCCGGCGCCGCAGGUCCUACGGACGCAUGAACCGGAACGGGUCGCAUGAUCCGAAAUUCUGACGUCACAGGGUCUUAAGGCCGAUGUCGCAGUGGUGCUCGCCUCAGUCUUCUUCACUCAAUCUCUGCAAGCGGCUCCCUGACGUGAGACAAUUGUUCAGCCCGUUCUCGAAACCGUUUGUAUACUCAUUCCCACUUCCCAGGCAGGAAUCACCAGUCCCGCUUAGUUUUACGAAUCACGAUUCCCUUCUUGAAACCCCCCACCCGAUGGGACUGCCUAAGCACUGAUGCUUAAAGCACAGAUCUCAUACUCAGGCACCAGUGAACCGUCUAUAUUACUGUCAUCUUCUUUUCAUCCCAUGGUAGUAGGUUUUUCAAGUCAUCAACGCGGGCAGUAGUGUCUCGUACUCAACGUCACUUGCUGUUCGCUCCUUUUGUCAACAAUUCGAAACCCGUUUCUCGUUGAAAAGCGGUAACUAGAAGUAUUUGAGUGGGGGUUCAACUAGAAGCUCAAUCGCCCGUACUACUGUCUUUUAUAUGAAAUGGAAGAAAAAAGAAUAGAGGAGCUCAAAGACUGUUGUUUCUAUCCGGUUCAUUUGUAAUGGCUGCAAACCGGUACUCACUGAUGUUAAGCUUUUAUCUAUGACCUCGAGAGAACACGUGCUGGCGCUCAGUACCAUUAGGGAUGAUUUGUUUCAACUAGCCCAACUCGCAACUCCGUUGACCCUGAAUGCCUUGGCGAUGGUUACAGGACGCUGCUCAUAGGUAUAACUGCACAAACGUAACAAGACACACAGAAGACACAGGGCAGAGUGCUGAAGACCGCGCUCUGUCCUGCGUCUUCUUUGUGUCUUGUUACGUCUUGGGUGUUAUACCUAUGAACUAUGCAUCCCCAACCAACCUGCCAGCAAAUGUUACUUAAGUACAGGGCACUACUGCACGUUGUUGAACGCGCAAUGGCCUUUUUGUAGAAGCCAUUUUGCGAGACUUCAGGACAUAUUACUUUUUUCUCUUUUUUUUUGCAUGGGAGAAAGAGCUUCAUCUGGAUAGAUAUCGCGUAGGCUUUUCAACUGCCCCAACACACAAGGAGCGAUAAGGCUCAGACGCUUACUGAGUACGCGUGUUUAGACGCGGCACCUAUCGGCUCAAAGAAGAAACACAGGAAGUCUUAGUGAUGCGCCGAAGUGAUGGACUGAAGCUGCAAGUCGACGGCGUUCGAUCGUCGCGACAUCUUUGUAUGUAACACUUUCAAAGAGACUCCUUUCACAAGCAUCAUCGAAUUGUUCGAGUGGAGAGACAUUGUAUAAUGCAAUUCGCGUGGUGCCGGCCGGCUUUGACUCCAAGACCGGCGGCACGACACCCAAGUUGGCGUGCGAAGCGCCUCCUAUUCCACGGCGUGGUGAACUUGUGGUUCUUGCUCUAGCCAGCUGGGGGCCGUGACGCAACUGGACUUGCGGAAGUGACGUAAUCGACUAGACCACGUGGCACCGGCUGUCAUCAGCCCUGUGUUGCUGCUGCCUACGAGCAUAUCACCGCGAAGAGACCGUCGCACUUCGAAGCAGCCCCCCUGUUACGUCACUGACGCCACGCCCCCUUACAGACUCCUAAGUGUGUCAGUGCGUGUGUACUUUUGUGUUAUUUGUUUCUUUCUUCGACCUGUGUGCUUUUGGAUGUGCGAGUGAUACCAAGCCGACGCGGCGGCUCUCGACACCGACGUAUCUCAUCUACGUAGUAGCUAUGACGUCAAGCUCGCCCCGCCCCCCACCGUCUCCUCACAACCAAUCACCAGUCCUUUCGUCAGUGUUGGUGCCACGCCUUCCUGUGUGAACUUGUUUCGUUAUCACGUGUCGUGUGCACAGGUGACUCAGUUUUCGUUAUCUCUCUUUCAUCUCUUCCACCUUUUUUUUUCUUUGCACGAGUGCCAAGACAAACCAUACACCGCGGCUAUGCGACCGGAAGUAGUGCUUCGGAAAGUGGGCGGGGCACCGCACCCCUCCCACCCAUUUCCGGCGCACGGGACUCUGUCGACGACCAAUCACAGGCAUCGUUUUGUGCCGGCAGCGCCCACAUGGAGAGGAGCGCGUCGACUGAGGAACAUUUUCAACCAGACGAAAAAGAAACACGCGGUGGCUCAAAACAUGACCAGGGUUAUAUAUCCUCUCGAUCUUCAGGAUGGUUUUAGCUUAAAACAACUUAUACCGAAGAGCGUUCACUUUUUCGCUUGUGUAACCAUUCAUACCGUUAUUAUGAUAGUUGAACGAGACACACUUGUUUGUUGUAUGG